UUCUUCAGGAAAAUCAAGACCAACUACUUCAUCGUGUCACUGGCGUUUGCCGACUUGCUCGUGUCGGUGCUGGUGAUGCCGUUCGGCGCCAUUGAGCUGGUCCACCAGCACUGGAUCUACGGCGAGACCUUCUGUUUGGUGAGGACUUCUCUGGACGUUCUGCUCACCACCGCGUCGAUACUACACCUGUGCUGCAUCGCCCUGGACAGAUACUACGCUAUCUGCUGCCAGCCUCUGGUCUACCGGAACAAAAUGACGCCCAUGCGAGUGGCUUUAAUGAUCGGCGGCUGCUGGGUCAUUCCCACUUUCAUCUCCUUCCUGCCCAUCAUGCAGGGCUGGAACAGUAUCGGCAUCGACCACCUGAUUAACGAGCGGCGCUUCAACAACAGCAGCAACACUACGUCCUGCGUCUUCAUGGUCAACAAGCCGUACGCGCUCACCUGCUCCUUGGUGGCCUUCUACAUCCCUCUGGUCCUCAUGGUGCUGGCCUACCAGAGGAUCUACAUCACAGCCCGGGCGCACGCCCUGCAGAUCAGUAUGCUGCAGCGGGCCGGAGGAGCUGGUACCAGUGCCGCCGGGACUUCUGGUGGGGUUGGCGCCAGUGCACCGGAUUCUGCCGACCAUCAGCGCAACCACCGCAUGCGAACAGAAACUAAGGCGGCAAAGACGCUGUGCAUCAUCAUGGGCUGCUUCUGCCUGUGCUGGGCGCCGUUCUUCGUUACCAAUGUUGUGGACCCCUUUAUAGACUACACCGUGCCCGAACAGCUGUGGGCUGCCUGCCUGUGGCUGGGCUACAUCAACUCCAUGCUGAACCCCAUCCUCUACGCGUUCCUCAACAAGUCCUUCCGCCGUGCCUUCCUCAUCAUCCUGUGUUGCGGGAGGCAGAGGUACCGCAGACCGUCCAUCCUCGGCUCCGGCGCUCCGUGCACGGCCACGCAGAUAAACGGCUCCACGCACGUGCUCAAGUAUUGCGUGCUCCACAAUGGGAACCACUCAGAGCAGGAGAAGAAGUCCCUGCACACCCACAUAGAGUCUCACGAGUCCUGCUUGUGACCAACGGCACGGACACCGCCGCCUUCACACAUCUGGAGCUGAAAUCCGUCAUCGAUGCUACGAAUCUAGAGCCCAGCAGGAUUUUAGCGGUGUGUCAGAGGGGCGGGGCACUGCCAGUGGGCCAUCUGGUUUCAAAGCUCUGCCGAGACAUGACCCGCCCGUGAGGCGAGCAUAUAAAGCCAGCGCCAUGUCGCAUUGGUUCUGUCGUCUGCAGAGGCCGGAUGACACUGAGCAGAACCAGGACGGCGAUGUCAUCAGUGGGCCGCUGGCCACCACACAUGGCGGUGGCGUCUGUAGGAGAAUGUGAUUAAUGACUUGGAAGUGAAUCAUGUGGCCAAAGCUUUCCGAUGACACUCAGCGGACCCGUUUGUGAUUGCGUUGUUUCCACGAUGUCCCUGUAAAUGAGCCUUUAAACCAAGUGUUUCAGUUUCUAACUGCUUUUUCCGAAUAUCCACACAAAGUCUCAUGAAUCCUCACUCGGCCGAGAGCAAAAGGUUGCAUUUAAGCCUUGAUUUAAACUGUCCAAGUGCAUUAUUACAGAGGCUGCUGUGCUCAUACGCCACCAUCUGAGUGAUUGUCUCUCUUCCACAGUGAGAGCUGCAAUGAGUGAUUGGAAGUGUUGGUCAUUUCGGUGUCGUCAGAAGUGUUUGUGAGGCUCUCAAAGGUGAUUCAGCUCGUGUUACAUCCAUCCCACCCUGACGCACCACGUCCCCUCUGCAUAAACAAGCAUUUGCACUCAUGAAACCUGCACAAGCCGACCGCUCGCAGUCACGUCUGUUUCCCUGCGUGCCUCCAUGCAGGACUCUUCCUGCUGCUGCUGUUGUGUUUUUUCUCAUUAGCACAAGAAAUCGGCUUAAAGGCUGUCACACAUCGGCCGUGUCAUUUCACACGAUGAAUCUGUCCCGUUUGUUUUUCCAGAUUAAACUGAGUCUGACCAAUCGGAUCGCUGCGUUUGGUAACAAAUUGCAGCAUGUGAAAAAUUCCAAAUUUAGUUUUUUGCAACGCGCUCGGUGCGUAAAGGCCUCGAGUCGAGGAAGCUUUACGCGGCCCAGCACCUCUAGAGUCUCUGAGCACUACGACACGCUGGACGCCGGUUAAAAGUAAACUCACCAGAGCAUGAAUGUCACCGCUGUCGUCCCCUAUCACCCUCACUUGUGCUGAAGGUGGCUGAGAGACUUGGGCAUGUGAGGCUCGAACUGCAGCUCUGCAACGUGUACAUCUUCAUUUUACAGUCGGUGGCAGGUCUGACACACCCGGUUAAAUGGUGACCCAGCUCCAAAACACACACAGCGUUAGAAAAUAGCAGGAGGCGAAAGAGAAGCACGUUCCAGAGGCAGAUCCUGUGCUUUGGCGGGACAAUGAUGAAAUUAAUGUUGCUGCCGCAGCUUCUCUGCCGCUGAUUUAAGUUGGCCCUUUUUGCUAACAUUGUGGUCGUGACAGUCCAACAAACCCAGGUCACUCCAGGGCUGCUUAGUAUCUGCUUACUGUGGAGAUUUGUGGUCCUCUUUUGGUCAAAAUGUUCUUCACAAAAAAACGAUUGAAGGUUUGACUGUGAGCAAACAUGAAAGUUUAACAUUGGAGCAGGCUCGCCUCCUGCUCUCUUUACUGGGAACAGUGGUGCUGGAGCACAUUCAGCUAAUUCUACUUCUUGUUUCUGGCACUUCUUUUUUUGCUGAUAAAAACAUUCCUCUCACUGCACAGAGCUGUUAAUGAAAAGAUAUCUGUAAAGCAACAAAAUUCAGAGACCAAGGCUGAUGUCAUACAGAGGCAGAGGCAAGCAGUCCUCUCAGAUCUCUUAAUCAGAGGGACACACUGCUGAGCGCUGAUGCUGCAACACAAAGACAGACGAGGAGCUCUUGACAUGGAAAGGUAGUUACUCAUCAUCAGAGAUGGCUAAGUGGAAAUAUCCAACCACGUUCAAGUUGCCAGACUGACAUCCAACCGUGCUGCUCCGGCACACGGGUGGAUGUCAGCUGCAGUUGGAUAUGUGCAGAUGGUGAGCGUGGUCAUAAACACAGCUUUUUCGGUUAUGCUUUGGCCUGCAAAUGCACGGCGAGGCCGGUAACGCGGGCGUGUUUUGUUCCUACGCGUAUCUGUGGACUCGAGAAUUACUUUAAAUGUUAAAGACAUUGAAAUUAAGGCCUCAUUGUUCCGUGUUUACACCAACUCAUAAGAAUUUAUGAGAAAACAGCGUGCCCAGACCGUGGUUAGACCUCGGUUCAUAAUGUACUUGCAAUCGAUUCUCCAAAAUUGAAAAGCAGUUGGCUUUCAGGGCUCAGACGCGUUCCACCUCUGCCCACAAUCCUUUGCAAUUUGGAGUAAUUUCCUGUAACCAGAUCAGAUGCUGUUCUCACUGCUCGCUUCUCUGAAGGUGCAGCUCCAACCCAGGCUGCCUGUUUCUGUGCCAGUGCCCCUGAGAGCGGGAGAGCAGAGCAAAAGGUUCGUAAAGGGCCGUGAAGAUUUUAGCAAACAGAAAAUAUUCUUCAAAGCUGCUUUUGUCAUGAAAAGUUCCUGAACUGUUCCUGAUGUGGAGCCCAAACAGGAAGUGUGCAGUUUUUCAAAAUGAUUUCUCAUUUAUUGUUAUUGUUAUUAUGAGUGUGGCACCAGAGUCCUCACACAGCUGAUCUUUAAGUCAUCCAGUGUUCUGAGCAUCGGUGACAUGAAGUGUGCGGGCAAGAUAAUCCGAGCCAGUUGGCGAGCAGCAGCAUCGCCUCCUUCUAAAGUAAAUUCUGGCUUUAAGCAGCUGAUCCGUCCCUCGCUAACAUCGCUGCAGACAGUGUCUCUGAAUCGUCAGUCUUCCUUUUAACUGUUUCUCUGUGACAUCAGUCGGUGCCCGUCCUUGUGUGUGUUGGAAACCUGGGCUCUCCAACCUUUAAAAACUCUAAUGGGACAGUUUUUUUUAAACAGACCAAAAGCAUCACCUGUCUGUUUGGAGAGCAAGUGUGAGGCCAGAGGGAUAUGCAGCCAAACUGGAAACACCUCCACGUGUGAAACAUGUAGGUCUUAUCAAGUCUGACGACAGCCUUGGAUUAACACUGCAUGCUCACACUCAGAGUUCUGCAGAGGAGCUCGUUUAAUGUUUGGCUUUGUGACUACAGAGGUCAGUUUCUACUCUCACUAGAGCCUAAAAGCACAGGCAGCAGCAGGAUGUAGUGGGUAUUUAUUAAUCUGGCCACACAAAGUUUGUUCCUGCGGUUAAAGGAAGGAAACAGAUGAGUUAAAUUUCAGCUUGUUCAAAGCAUUUAGAGAGAGAAACACAAAAACACAACAAAUCUUCUUAUCUUGAGGGGCUGUGACUGCACUACACCUUCAGUGUGUUCAUAACCUCCAGUUUAUCCACCGCGAUCAACAGGGUUCUGCUUUCGUGAGCUCACACAUCAUCUUGGGACCAAGGUUCUCGGCAGAGCAGGCGGAGGACGCCCCCCCACAUGCUCCAGCGUUUCAUGGCUGCUGUCCAAGUCCUGCUUUAUAGGAAACACAGCUGGAUCUUUCAUUGAUGGCAUUGACAGAAUCAGGAUAAAGACUUCCAGCAGAGUGCAGAAUGUAUGCAUGCAGCAGGAUGUGAACAGCAGCUGCCAGCUGCACGUCUGGUGCGUCUUCCUCCUUCUCUGAAUCACGUCUGCAGAACCCAUCAGAGGUUUGUUCCAAACCUCUGACGGGUUCUUUAACUUCUGUUCACAGCCUGCAGCAUGAAUGUGUAUAUAAACUAAACAUAUAACUCCCAUAACCUGUCCAAAGGAGACAAAAUGACUUUUAUAAAACUCUUCAGUAUUUAUUUUGACAGAACAAAAUGGGUAUUUUCAUGUAUUAAAAGAGCAGAAAAGCUUCUCCUUCAGGGAGCUGACAUAUGUAUGACUUUGUUUCUGUUGCUAUGUGACAGUUCUGAUAAAGGAGAAUUAAAGAAACGUUGAUAAGCCUGCUGUUGAUUUUCUUUGUGAGUCUGAACACAGAGGCGGCAUCAGUCGACUGAUCGAAACGUAAUGAAAGCGCUUCGUUACCGCCGCCGAGCUAAGCCGAGCUCGCUUUCCUUUUGAUACGUGAAGCUCAUAAAGAUGAAGUUUCAGUUUAGCGAACUGAAACUUGAUGAUGAAGCCCAGACAGGACUUCAUCACUAGUCAGUGAUGAAUGGAAGUAUUGCUCACCUCUGCUUUCUCACUCAGUGUUUUACCAUUUAAACCAAAGUCAUCCUUUUUUUUUAAAUGAAUUUUAUUUUCAGUCACAGCAGCAUGUUAACAACAAAACAUUGAACAUACAGUAGUUUGCUGUUCAGUAUUUACAAUACCCCAAAAGAUAACAGAAAUAGAGAAGGAAAAAACAAACAAACAAACCAAAGAAACCCCUACAAAACAACAAAAAACAAACAAACAACAACAAACAAAUAUAAAAAUAAAAUGUAUAAGGGACAUUCAGCGUACAGUUAACUAUGAUAGUGAUAUAGAGAUAUGGCAUCCGGUCAUGAUAAGGUGGUCAUUUUAAAUGUUUCCAUGUACAUCAGGAAUGGCUGCCAUGCCUUAAGAAAUUUGGUGGUUGAACCUGCCAGUGUAUAUCUCAUCUUUUCUAAAUGUAAAAACCUCAUGAGCUCUGCAAGCCACUGUUCAUGUGUGGGAGGAGCUUCCUGCUUCCAUCUUAAAAGUAUAAGGCGCCUUGCGAUAAGUGAAGCAAAGGCAAUAGAAUUCGAAUAGCAUUUUGGCAAAGUGAUGUCUUGAGGUAUCACCCCAAAGAUAGCCGUUAGAGCAGAAGGAUCAUAUUUAACGUUAUACAUCUCUGACAGAGUGUUAAAUAUAGACACCCAAUAGUUAUGAAGAUUGGGGCAUGUCCAAAAGGUAUGAAGGAGCGAACCUGUUUCUGCUUUACAUCUGUUACACAGAGGGUCAGCUCCUGGAUAGAACUUGGCUAACUUUUCCUUGGAGAUAUGUAAUCGGUGUAGGACCUUGAAUUGAAGGAGCCCAUGCCUGGCACAUAUCGAAGAAGAGUGUACCCUCCGGAGAAAAGAUUGCCAGAGUUCAUCUGUUAUAGUCAUCCCAAGGUCUUUCUCCCACUGUGCUUUAAGGAUGAAGAGAGAAGGAGAUUGAAGAUCUAAUAUAUAGCAUAGAUUUCUUUAAUCGCCCCUCUCUUAUGAACGUUUAUAUUAAUAAUUUUAUCCAAAGAAGUUUCCUCAGGUAGUUCAAAGUCAUCCUUAAAGUGCCGAUGAGACGUGCUCAGGGCUGCAGGUACACUCAUGUAGAUGGAUGCCAGAGGGCAUGUGAUACUUCGGCCGGGCUCGGCACACGUGCAUCUCCCACACCUGUGCAUCCAGCUCUACAGGUGCAGGUGUAGCAGAGCUCAGAGGGUCAGGCGUGCUUAUUGUUUUGGCCUAAGAGUCCCAGCUGUCCCCUCAGAGGACUCACUAAUGAUCAUAGCCAAGGUGUGGGGUAAUGGAUUACUAAUUACUACUUUUCUUAAGAGUAUGAUACUUAAUUACUCACUGAAGAACGUAAUUAGUUACUUUCUUCAGGUCAUCUUACUCUGUAAGAUGAAAUUGUCUCAUAAUUAUGGUAAAUGGCCUGCAUUUGUAUAGCGCUUUAC